AUUGGCCGAGCCCCCGGGCCCUCCCCGCAUCUCUUCUCCCACCCCGGGUGAAAACUGCGGGCGCCGGGCAGGGUGCAGCAACUGGAGGCGGCGGCGCGUCGGAAGGAGGCUGCUGCGGCGGAGGACCGGAGCCCAGGUGGACUGAGCUCUCGGCAACAUGAAACCCACCAUUGGCAUCGCUCUCUUGCUGACAGUCUUGCAGGUGGCCCGUGGGCAGAAGGUGACCAGCCUGACAGCCUGCCUCGUGGACCAGAGCCUUCGUCUAGAUUGCCGCCAUGAGAACACCACGAGCCUGCCCAUUCAGUACGAGUUCAGCCUGACCCGGGAGACAAAGAAGCACGUGCUCUAUGGCACUGUGGGGGUGCCUGAGCACACAUACCGCUCUCGAACCAGCUUCUCCAGCAAGUACAACAUCAAGGUCCUCUACUUAUCCGGCUUCACCACCAAGGAUGAGGGACUCUACACAUGUGAACUCCGCCUCUCUGGCCAGCCUCCCACCAUCUCCAACAAGAAUGUCUCUGUGCUCAGAGACAAACUGGUCAAGUGUGAGGGCAUAAGCCUGCUGGUCCAGAACACCUCGUGGCUGCUGCUGCUCCUGCUCUCCCUGCCCCUCCUGCAGGCCAUGGAUUUCAUUUCCCUGUGACUGGUUGGGCCCAUGGAGUAUACAGGAAGCCACAGGCCCAGUCCAGAGAGCCUACUUCUCUGAGUCUGCUAACCCCCUCCCCCCAAUGCCUCACACACCUCGGGGAGAAAUGGGGACCCCACCCCUCCUAAGGAAUCCCAGUGCUGCAUGCCAUUAUCCACCCUCUCUGCCACUGCCACCUCGUACCCUCUCCGCACGCCACUGGCUAUUUGCACUCUUUGUUCCAGAGCUGCUUCUGUCUGGUUUAUUUAGGGCUUUUCCUUCCUUUUCUUUGGAGUUCGUGAAAAGGGAAGCCAGGGCUGGGAACCUGAUGGAGAGUGAGGGGAUGGGAGGGGUGUAGGAUGGAGGGAUAUCAGCCCCUGGCAGGUGGAAGAUCAUCCUUGCCCACUGGGACCAGGGGCCUGGGAGAGACCUGGAUGAGGAGAGGGGAGGGGGUCAGCAGGCAGGAAUGGCACCUGCAGACCCUGUAUGUGAGGGCACCGCCAAGCACUUGUGGCCCGUCAUGUGAGGACAGGACUGAGCAUCUCCAGGAGCACUUUCUGCCACAGCAAAAAAGCUGUCUUCUUAUCCCUGCAGAAGUUCCCAAGGGGCCUGGGUCCACUGAAAAUGCAGGUUCUGCCCGGAAAGUGGUGCUGAUGGGUUGGAGAGGCAGGGUAGAAGGGAGAGUCCCUCAUCUGCCCCAGCUGAGGAAGCUAAAACUGGGAGCCUAGUGUCUCUCACCAGCUCAGCCAGAGUUGGGAGGAUGGCAGAGGAGGACACGCCCCCUCCCAGGCUAUCCCAAGCUCCUGAGAGCUCUUGGAACUCUGACCUGGAGACAGUAAGUCAGGCCAGGUGGAGCCCCGGAGCCGCCCAGAGUGGCCCAAGUGUUUCUCUUGGAGGCUCUUCCUUCCUCCCCUAUCAGUGCCUCAGCCUUCAGACACCCCCUGCCCCCUAGGCCUGCCUUCUCAGGACCUCUGGGGGGCCUGAGGCAGGCCGUUGGGUGAGACCCAUGAAUGGGACAUGCCUCAAGAGAUGGCUUUUCCCAACACCCAGCCCCCCACCCGGCGGCCCUGCCCUGUCUCGUGACCAUGUGUAGUGCCACCACAGCUUACGGCAUCUCAUUGGGGAAAAAGAAUACUGUACAAUAAAACCAAGCCUCUGGAAUCCA